UUCAGUGCUAACCUGCGACGCGUCUUAAAUGGACGCGCUAAAUUCAAAUUUAGAAUUUAAUAGAAAUUUAAAUUUUUAAUGUUUUUUUUUUGUAAUAUUGUGCUGUGAUUCUGUGAUUUUUAACUUUUAACUGUGAAAGGUUUUUUUUUCUGGACGUACAUAGAGGACUACUGCAAAAUGCCCGCCUAUGACAAUGAAGGGGCCACGAUAUCCAUGGAAGAUGUCCGGCCCCCAGAACAAGGCAUCUCCACAAUACAGGAGGAACUACAAGCAAGGAGGCUCCAGCAGAUGAAGAGUCAGAAGAGUACAGUAACUUCUAGAAAACAACAGGCGGUAUGCGUGAGAAGGGCACACAAAAGAUAUGGAAGCUCCAAGAAUCCGAAUAUCAUUUUGGACGGACUCAAUAUGACUGUGCCUAAGGGUGCCAUAUACGGGCUGCUCGGCGCGUCAGGGUGCGGCAAGACGACGCUGCUGUCUUGUAUCGUGGGGCGCCGGCGGCUCAACUCUGGGGAGAUCUGGGUGCUCGGCGGCCGCCCCGGGAGCCCCGGCAGCGGCGUCCCUGGGCCCCGGAUUGGAUAUAUGCCUCAGGAGAUCGCCCUGUUCGGCGAGUUCUCGAUCCGCGAGACCAUGAUCUACUUCGGGUGGAUCGCGGGCAUGAGCACCGCGCGCGUGGACGAGCGCACAGACUUCCUCGUGCAGCUGCUGCAGCUGCCCAGCCACUCCAGACAAGUAAAGAACCUAUCCGGAGGGCAGCAGAGGCGAGUGUCGCUCGCAGCCGCCCUGCUCCACGACCCUGAGCUGCUGAUCCUCGAUGAGCCGACUGUUGGAGUGGACCCGGUGCUGAGACAGAGUAUCUGGGACCACCUGGUGGAGGUGACCAAGGACAAGCGCACCACCGUCAUCAUCACCACGCACUACAUCGACGAGACCAAGCAGGCCAGCCUCAUCGGUCUCAUGCGCGGCGGGCGGUUCCUGGCUGAAGAGGCUCCGAGCGAGCUGAUCCGCCGCUACCAGGCCGAGAGUCUCGAGGAUGUGUUCCUCAAGCUGUCGGUGCUGCAGAACAUGGGCAAGCGCCGGCGCUCGAGCAUCCUGGCUGGAGUCGUGGAGAGGGUCGAGAUACCCGCCAUCCCGGACCCAACAUCAAUAGACUUGGAAGAGGCAGAAAUAGGCGAGAUUUCUGGAGAGUUCGGAGACAAUGUCUCUAUGAGCAGCAAAGGCCGCGUGGUGGUUACCCCUGAGCUGGCAGCUCCAGUGGAAGCCCUGCCGCCUGAUGAUGAACCUCCAGAGGGAUGCCUCGAGAGGAUCAAGCCGAUGAAAUGGCAGAACAUGAAGGCGCUGAUCUGGAAGAACUUCUUCAGUCUUGCCAGGAAUUAUGGACUCCUAGCGUUCAUAGUCCUGCUGCCGGUCUCCCAAAUGGUUCUCUUCUGUCUUGCCAUUGGCCACUACCCCGUGGGCCUUCCUCUGGCCGUCGUGAACAACGAGCUCGGGGUCAACAACACCAUGGAACCCUGCACCUACGACAAGGACAAGUGCCCUCAAGACCCGGAAACCUAUCAGUGGAACCUCACUCGCUUCAGUUGCCAGUACCUGGACUUCUUGUCGAAAAAGCAGAGUAAUUUGGUACCCUACGCAACGAAGGAGCUCGCCCUAGCCGCGGCAUACGGCGGGCGAGCGCGGGCCGUCCUGGUGUUCCCUGCCAACUUCUCCGAGAGUCUCCAGGACCGCCUGGUGGACGGACGCAAGGCCCCCGACUGGGUCAUCGCCAGCUCCGACAUCGAGGUCCAUAUGGAUGAUACUGACAAGCAAGUGGAGUGGAUGUUGAACCGAGACCUGCAGCUGGCGUUCAUGGACGCCGCCAUGCACCUCGCCAAGGUGUGUCAGCUGCCGAAACGACUGUUCACCGUCCCUGUCUACUUCCAUAACCCUAUCUACGGUCUGAAGAUCCCCAACUUUACCGACUUUGCCGGCCCCGGAGUCAUCUUGACAAUCAUCUUCUUCUUAGCCGUCGCGUUGACUUCAGGCGCCAUGUUGGCUGAAAGGAACGAGGGAAUCCUAGAGAGAUCGCUAGUUUCAGGAAUUACAGGCACAGAGAUCCUGUUCUCCCACGUCAUAGUCCAGAUGCUGGUGAUGGGCAUCCAGUCAGGCGUGGUCCUGCUGAUAGGCUUCGUGUUCUUCGGACUCACCAUCAACGGGCCGCUCGGCUGGGUCAUCUUCCUCACCGUCAUCACUGGACUAUGUGGGAUGACUUUCGGAUUCGUAGUGUCCUGCCUUUGUGACACCGAACGUACAGCCACCUACCUCGCUCUGGGAUCCUUCCUGCCCAUGGUCCUCCUCUGUGGGAUCAUCUGGCCUGUGGAAGGCAUGCACUUCAUUCUCCAAUGGAUCAGCUACUUCUUACCACUCACCAAGUCUACAGAGUCCUUAAGGUCCAUGCUGCAACGGGGCUGGGACAUCGAUGUACCGACUGUCUACUCUGGAUUCGUGUCUACUGGCAUCUGGAUCUUCCUUUAUUUGACCGCGAGUAUUCUGCUGAUCAAGUUCAAAAAGGGAUGAUUUGGUAGACGUUUGAUAGUUGAAAAUGAAUUCGUGAUGCCGUUUUUGUACUCGUAUUUCCUUAUUGUAUUAAAGUAAACUGAAAAUAAUUCUGGUUUUGAACCUGUUUUAUGUGUAAAAUCUCUGGACUAACAAGAAUUAUUUUAAGUGUACGUUUUAUAAUAAUGGGGGUAGAGUCUUAAGUUUUUGAGUGUGUUUUUUUAUAAUAUUUAUGUCAUUGAAUUAUGUAAAAUUUUACGAUCGUUCGUUGCAAUUAAAUCUAUAUUAAAUAGAUUUCUAAAACCUUUUUGAUUUAAAUUAAAUAGAUAUGAGCUUAUUAAUACUUGCGUAUUUGGAUUUUCUUACGAGGUAUUAGUGUUAAAGGCGAAUUUAGUUUUAAAAAGCAUGACAUUUUUGUAGUAUAGGGUAUAGUUUUAAUUAUAGAGUACAAGACAUUUUGCAAGAGUUUGGUAAACGCAUAUACAUAAUUUAUAGUUUUUGUUAAAAGGGUGUUUUUUAAAGUGCCUUAUUUUUAUGUGGUGUAUUUUGAUGCAGGACGAAUGAAAAUCAUUAGUACACAAACAUUAGUAGCACAAAUUCACCAGUUUCACACAUAUUAAAUAAUUAUGUUUUACAAUAGUUUUCGAAAAUUUCUAGGUAAGUACCUAGUUUCAAAUCUCAUUUAUGUGUUGAUUUUUAUUCGUCCUCAUAAGGUUAGAAACAUUGUAAAUAUUUAUAUGAUGAUUAGGUACUUAAUUUAUUUUUAAGAGGGUAUUUUUUUGUAGAUAGGUUAAGUUAUUACAAGUUAUAGUUAACACAUUUACACUGUCGUGCCAGAAUUUAGGUCCUUUAAUUCGAAAAUAUAUAAAUAGGAUUUAUGUUUUAACCAAUGUACAAAAACAUAUUUGAUGAAUUUCUGAAUAUACUUAUAUAUUUUUAGUAAAAAUGUGACAUGUGAUAGUAUUUUUAAGUUGUCAUAACAUGAACAAUAAAAUAUAAUACAAAAUA